UGUUUGAAUGGAUCUCUUAAACAGCCUCUCCUCAUUUUAAGUAGGGAAGUUACAUCCAGUGUCUAUCUUCUUACACGCCUAACUUUGUUCUGUAACUCUCUUUUCGUGUCCUAAAACCUCUUUAUAAACACACUCCCUUGAUCUCUUCAUCAAUCCACUCACACACACUCACCAUGGCUUCUUCUUCUUCAUUUUCUUUAUUAUUUCCUUUCUUUCUUAUUCUUUUCUCAUGUUUGAUAUCAGUUUCAUCAUCAAGAAGAUCUUUAAUCGACCGUCCUCUUCCCACGAACCUUCCAAGAUCCGGUUUUCGAUUAAGUCUUCGACAUGUGGACUCUGGUAAAAACCUCACCAAGAUCCAAAAGAUUCAAAGAGGGAUUAACCGUGGAUUCCACAGGUUAAACAGAUUAGGAGCUGUAGCUGUUUUAGCUGUAUCCUCUAAUCCUGAUGAUACUAAUAACAUUAAAGCACCUACUCAUGGAGGAAGCGGUGAGUUUCUUAUGGAGUUAUCUAUUGGAAGCCCGGCGGUUAAAUACUCGGCUAUUGUUGAUACAGGAAGUGACCUUAUAUGGACUCAAUGCAAGCCUUGCACUGAAUGUUUCGAUCAACCAACUCCUAUUUUUGACCCGGAGAAAUCUUCCUCUUACUCCAAAGUUGGGUGCUCUUCUGGUCUUUGCAAAGCAGUGCUUCGAUCAAACUGCAACCAAGACAAAGAUGUUUGUCAGUAUCUGUAUACUUAUGGAGAUUACUCAUCCACAAGAGGGCUCUUGGCCACGGAAACGUUCACUUUCGAGGACCAGAACUCAAUACCUGGUAUAGGGUUUGGGUGUGGGGUUGAGAACGAAGGAGAUGGGUUCUCACAAGGGUCAGGUCUGGUAGGUCUUGGUCGGGGACCUCUCUCGCUUAUUUCUCAGCUCAAAGAGACUAAGUUUUCUUAUUGCUUGACCUCGAUUGAGGAUAGUGAAGCAUCUAGCUCGUUGUUUAUCGGAUCUUUAGCCUCGAAUAUCGUCAACAAAACAGGUGUAAGUUUAGAUGGAGAAGUAACCAAAACGAUGUCUUUGCUACGAAAUCCGAAUCAGCCGUCGUUCUAUUACCUUGAGCUACAAGGAAUCACCGUUGGAGGAAAACGCCUUUCUGUUGAAAAGUCAAGUUUCGAACUAGCCGAAGAUGGAACUGGAGGGAUGAUCAUAGACUCUGGCACGACCAUCACGUACCUCGAGGAGUCUGCAUUUUCGGCAUUGAAGGAUGAGUUUACUUCCCGGAUGAGUCUACCAGUCGAUGACUCAGGAUCCACAGGACUUGACUUGUGCUUCAAGUUACCUGAUGUCGAAAAGAAUAUAGCAGUUCCUAAGCUGAUUUUUCAUUUUAAAGGUGCGGAUUUAGAACUUCCCGGAGAGAAUUACAUGGUGGCGGAUUCGAGCAGUGGCGCUUUGUGUUUGGCCAUGGGAAGUUCUAAUGGGAUGUCUAUUUUCGGAAAUGUUCAGCAGCAGAACUUUAAUGUACUUCAUGAUCUUGAGAAAGAAACUGUGUCUUUUGUUCCCACCGAAUGUGGAAAGUUAUAGAUCUUAAUUGUUUUCUUCUUUUAUUAUGAUAAAUAAACUUUUAUGCUUUGUGACAA